AUGAAUUGUGUCGUUGUUGGUGGAGGUUUGUUGACAAGUAACGGUUGGGCUGAGAUGAGAACGUUGUUUAAUUCAGGCGAUAUUCCGUUUCGAAUUUCCAUCGUGGAAAACCGGAAAUUUUUACAAUGGACUGGAGACGUAAACAUAAGAAACAUGUUGCAGGGUCGGUUAGUCAAAGUUGAUUUGGCAUGCAGAAUUGAUGGACCAUCAACAAAAAUUGAAGCCAACACAUCACCGUGCAUUGCUUUUCGCGUUGUAGGGAGUCCGAUUAAAACAACUAGCAAUGUUACAGAAGUUCAAUUUGCUUCUGAACCAACAGAGAAAGGCAAAGAAAGCCUAACAACGAAUGAGUACGCAGUGAUAGCGAUCGCAAGUUUCUGCUUGGGACUAAUGUACAUUGCUUCAGUUUUCCUCUACAUUUAUCUGAAGAAAAGGAAAGAUCAGCCAAGUGGAAGAAGCUCUGAAAACUUGAAUAAAAGCUUUUCAAGAGAAGAUGAAAGUGAUUUUCCAAACACUAGGGCAAGUUAUCGACGAAAUGCAUCGCUCGGACCAUCAAUGGAAUUCUUGGACAAUCCUGAACCUAACGUUGUAAAAAAUAAUCCACUGAUGAAACAUUUUAUGAGCUUCAACGAGAACAACGGAUUUGUCAGCGAUUCAUCAGAUGCAGAAUCAUCACGAAAUGUUCAAAAUGAACCCCAUGAUCGUAUAACAAGCUAUCGAUCAAAUGAUGAAGGAAAUGUGAAAUCACAAAUGGGGAAUGAAGCUGAAUGUCUUCCUGAAGAAGAUGUUUCAAUAACGGAAGAUUCUGAAAAUAAGUUAGAGGCAAAUCGAACAUUUCAAAAUGGAAAUGUUCGUCGAAAACUCUAUUUCAACCCAGCUUAUUUCGAACCAAGUUUAUUAGCAUCACCACCACCAUCAGCAAUUGAAUUUCUCACGAAAAUCCGCGAAGUCAUUACAAUGGCCAAAGGAAAAAUGGCAGCAAAAAAGUUUCUACCGUCACUCAACGAAAUUCCCGAGGAAAAUUCUUAUCAUUCAAGUUCAGAAAUCUACUCACCAAACACACUCAACAGUCGGAAGAGCAGCGUCGUCAGUUCACGUCGAACAAGUUCCAAGGAUUGCGCAGGCUGUCCUGGUUGUGAAGAAAAGAAAACAUCGGAAAAAGCUGUCGCGACAAAGAACUGCAAGAAUUGUGGCGAAAAACAAAAAAGCAUUCAAAAAUGGCUUGAAAAUGUGUCAACAGCCACUGAAUCCUCAAGUAAUUCUGGUUCAUUAAGUAUCAAGAAGAAAAAGAAAAAGUCGUUGAUAAGCAUGCCGAUUAUGGAAGAAGAUAAAGAAGAAUUAAUUCCUCAAAAUAAUAAAAAUGAACAUGAAGAGAAGGUUGAAAUAUCAGAGAUUGAUGAACAAGAAGAAAAUUAUGAUGAUGAUGAUGAUGAAGAAGAAGUUAAAUCUGUUUCUAAUGAAAACAUUGAUCAAAUUCCAAUAAUAAAAGGUUACGUGAAGGAGAAAAAUAUUUUCAUUCAACGUGACACUUCACGUUUCAAAGAUGAUAUUCCACCUGAAAGUGGAUCUAUUCCGAAAAUAAUUUCUCAUAGUUUGAAGAAGAAUAUUAAAGAAAUGAUUUAUUCACAGAAUUUUGUACGCGAUAAAGUUCACGUGUUUGAGUCUAAACAGUCAACGCCAGUAGCAAACGCAGUCGCUAAUCGACUUGAAGCAAAUGAGAUUUACAACAAUCCGCGAUUUAAUAUCGAUGACUUGGACAUGACGCCUGGAAUUGCUUACAGUUCGGUUAUGAAGAAGAAAUCAGAAGUCUUGGAUCAAUAUGCAAAUCCAUUCAAACGAACUUCUGAUCAAAUGUUAAAGAAAGCAACGGAAAAGUCCAAAUCUGUUAUGCCUGACAUGAUAUACGAAGCAAUUGAAAUGGAGAAGAAAAAUAAACCAAUAAAUUAUCAACUGCCAACUCCUGACUAUUAUUCAAGUGAAUAUGAAAUGACAAAGUUUCAUAAGAGAUCUGAUGGCGUCACAUUCGUUCCAUUUGUGCCAACACCAGAUUAUCAUACUUAUGGAAAGAAUUCGCUAAGAAACAUGAAACAUUAUCAACCCGACUCUCCAAUUUAUUCAAGGAAAAGUCCCGCAUAUCUUGUCGUUGAUUAUGAGACUGACAGUUUGGAACGUGUCAACACGUUGAAGAAUCGAACACCCGUGUCAACUCCAACAAGAAGUGAUUUCAGUUCACAGUCACAUCCAAGCCCAUCAGCAUUACCGAUGGAAGAAGAAGUUGAAAUUCGCAAUGCGAUUUAUGAUAAAGAAGAAGGUUUUCGGAAAGAUACUGAUACGAUCAAAAAGGAAAGGGAAAUUGACAUUCAAAUGAGAAAAACGAAAAUAAAGUACAAUACACCAAGUGAAGGCAGCAUGACGAUAGAACUUGAAGCCAUAAGUCCCGAUGAAAAUGAUGAAGCAUCAACGACCGGUAGUGACCAAUUUGAACCUGACACACUCGAUCGUCAUUCGAAAAUUAACAGAACAGUUUUGGAGAAACUGAAAAUGGAACGAAAGAAUUUGGAGAGUGAAGAUCUUGACAAGUUUGACGCAGCUAAUAAUGACGUAGGACGAAUAAUGACAUUAGAGGUAAGACAUUCGAAGAGACAACGUACAAUGGGAUUUGCGUCACUUGAGAAGCUUCCUGAAGGAACUGCAAAGAAAGAGAAGCCAACAUCGAAUCCCCCCGACGUAAUUUCGUCGAAUUUGAAACCGAUUUUGAAUGAGGAAAAUAAUGAUGCAACGAAAUCUUUUCAGAACCGACCAACGAUUCCAAAUCAACAACUUAUGCUAAAUGAACAUGAAUUCAAAAAGUCACUCAUAUCACCUCCGAUUCUUACAAUGGAAACUGAUAAGAAAGCGGGAAAAACUUUGAGGGGAGAAUUUCUUAAAAUGGAUUUGUUGAAGAUAGAACCAAAUUUUCAUGAAAAUGCUUUGAGAAACGAUUUGUCACCGACAUUAAUCAAAACAGUUUAUCAUGUUGAGCUUCCAUCUCCUGAUUUGAAUAAAGAAAUUUUUAAUGAAAAUGGAAAGAAAUCGAAAGAUUUCAAGAAUGCAUGGAGAAGAUUUAUGGGAAUCGCUGAGAAAAAUGUUCAAAAUAACUUAAGCGUUGAGAUUAAAGAAGGAAAAGUAAAAGACAUAAUAAAGAAACUUAAUGUUGUACAAAAUGUGAACGGAAAGUUGAGAGAAUAUGACAGCGGCUAUUUGAGCGCAGAAUCAGUUAAAGACGACCAGACAAAAGCUCACGAGAUUGUCAUAGAACGAAGUAGUCAAAGAGUGGCACCAUCACGACCCCAAGUACCUCCACCACCAGUACCAUCGCAAGUCAAGAGUAAUUAUUUGAAUCAUGAUGACUUGGUGAACAUUCACAUUUACUCUUCAGAUGAAGAGCGUAACAGUUCGUUGCAAGAAAGUGAUGACGAAGAACAUCUCGAUGAUGGUACAGAAAGUGGAACUGAAAGUUGGAAGUUCUUCAAAACAUAA